UGUUCCAGUCUUUCCCAUCUUGCAAGAUGGCGGGUGAAAAGAAAACCGAGAAGCCGGAUACUAAGGAGAAGAAGCCUGAUACUAAGGAGAAGAAGCCAGACACUAAGGAGAAGAAACCUGAAGCCAAGAAGAAGGCUGAUGCCGGCGGCAAGGUUAAGGCCCCUAAGAAGGGGAAGCCACACUGCAGCCGAAACCCCGUCCUCGUCAGAGGGAUCGGCAGAUACUCCCGGUCGGCUAUGUAUUCUCGAAAGGGCAUGUACAAGAGGAAGUAUUCCGCCCCUAAAUCCAGGAUUGAAAAGAAAAAGAAGGAGAAAGUCCUUGCUACUGUCACAAAACCAGUUGGUGGCGACAAGAAUGGUGGUACCCGAGUGGUUAAACUCCGCAAAAUGCCUAGAUAUUAUCCUACUGAAGAUGUGCCUCGAAAGCUGUUGAGCCAUGGCAAGAAGCCCUUCAGCCAGCAUGUGAGGAGAUUGCGGGAAAGCAUCACUCCUGGGACCGUCCUGAUCAUCCUCACUGGGCGCCACAGAGGCAAGAGGGUGGUUUUCCUGAAGCAGCUGAGCAGUGGCUUGCUACUUGUGACUGGACCUCUGGCCCUCAAUCGAGUUCCUCUUCGUAGAACACACCAGAAAUUUGUCAUCGCCACCUCCACCAAAGUUGAUAUCAGUGGUGUGAAAAUCCCCAAACAUCUCACCGAUGCUUACUUCAAGAAGAAGAAGCUGCGCAAGCCCAAACACCAGGAGGGUGAGAUCUUCGACACAGAGAAGGAGAAAUAUGAAAUUACAGAACAGCGCAAGGUUGUCCAGAAAGCUGUGGACUCUCAAAUUCUGCCAAAAAUCAAAGCUGUCCCUCAGCUCCAGGGUUACCUCCGCUCUACGUUCGCUCUCACCAAUGGGCUUUAUCCUCACAAACUGGUGUUCUGAAUUUCUCAUAAGAACCCGAUUAAAUAACUGAUACGUUAAAAAAAAAAAAAAAAA